AUGGCGAGCGCCGGUGGCGGCUUGUUCGGCUCCAGCCAGCCGGCUUCUUCGCGCUUGUUCGGCGGGGGCACAGCACCGGCUGCAGGCGUGUCCUCCCAGCCGUCUGCGUCCAAUGCGCAAACCGCACCGAGCACGUCGUUGUUUGGAGCCACUGUGUGUGCAGCACCAGCAGAUGCCACAAAAGGCACGCAACAGGCAGCCGCUGGCCAGCCAGGGAUUGCAGCUCCGUCGAAUCCGUUGAACGCAGGAAGUUCGCCAUCAUUUUCUCGACCCAAGUCGGCAUGGGGAGGUCGCCAGUUUGAGCGUCUAUACACGCAGGUUGUCAGCCCCGUGGUGCAGAAAGGGUCUGCUUGGCCAUCGACAAGCCAGCUGAGGGAGAGACUUGAAGAGUUGCAGGCAGCCGCACUGUCCGCAGCUUCACCUGGUGGCGCAGCUGGCGCAGAGGCAUCUCAGUUCCUCCCUGGCGGCCGAAGUGACCACGAGGAAACCUCCCAGAACCCGAAUGCAGGCUCGAGGCCUAAAGGGUGUCUGGGGGAAGCGUCGGCGUCUGCGAGGGAGGAUGCGGAUUAUGCGGCGGCUGUGGAGCAAGAACAAGCGACCGUGCGGGCUCAGCUGGAGUCUGUGUUGGCUUUCGAACGCUCGGCGCUGGAGAGCAUUUUGCUCUUUGAGGAUGCCUUUGCGAAUGUGCUGGCGGUUCCUGAGCGCCAAGUUUCCGUCUCGCCUGCUCAGCUGGAGCAGUUUGCUAGGGAGAGUUAUCCAGGAUGGGAACGACUGUGUAACGACGUCGACCAGUUCUCGCAGCUCCACAACUUGGACCAGUUCCUCUGCUUUUCUCUCGCGUAUGACGCUGUCCAGAUCCUCCAAGAGUCUUCUUCACCCUGCUGGUCCUCUCCAUCCCCCGUUGUUUCUCUGGCGCCAUCGUGCGCCAACUCAGAAGCGUCCGCCAACGGCGACGUGGUGUGGGAUCCGCAGCUGAUUCUUGCGGCUCUGCACAGAGAGCAGCACUUCCAUCUUCUCUGUCUCUUCCAGUUGGCUACCGCGCUCUACGUGGAGGACUCGCUAGGCGUCUACGGCACCGUCGAAAGUGCAUGCAACCCUGUGGCUGUCUCAGUUUUCGCCCGCCUGGCCCGCCAGGGCUUCGUGGGAAACCUCCUCGACCGGAUCGGGUCCCUUGUCUCGACGCUGGUCUGCCCUCCUUUGCUUCUUCCCACGACGUCGUUCGCGAGUGCUGCGACACCGUCGCCGUUGGCUUCUCAUAGCGGAGGCGUUCUGUUCCGGGGCGCUACGCCCUACUACGGCGCGCUUCUUUCGCCGUUUCCUUCCACCCUUUCUCUCGCUCUCGCUGCCACGCGCGAGUCUUUGGAGCAAGGGCCAUCCGAGGGCGGCGCAGCGCCGGCAGCCUCGGCGUUGGCGGCCGUCUCAGAAGUCCAGGCCACGGCCCUCCUCGACCAGUGUCUCAAAAUCCUGCAUCUCUUCUUCGCGCGCUUCCAGCCGAGCAUGCAAGAUGUGAAUGACGUCCUUUUCCUCAUCCCCCACGUCCUCAAUCCGCACGCGAGUGUGGAGACCGCUCGGGCCGACGGCCGCUUGGAGAAGAGCUCGUCCGUGGGCGCCUAUGAGCUGGACGCCAAGUUCCACGCCGCGCUCUGCGCCCUCGCAGAGCGAGAAAGAGGCUCGUUUUUCUCCGGGAGGGACCGCGUGGAAGGACUGCAGAGCGUACAGACAGCUUGGGAAAGCAACGAGAGACACGCCAAAAUGCUCUACGGGCAAGACGCGCUGAAGAGAGUCAACGGAGGCGGGACUGCCUUCUUCGCAAGUCUGCAGAUUCUCUCGCGCCCUCUGUCCUUCCGUCUCGCAGAGAUCCUUCUUCUUGCUCUGCAUCCUAAGCUGCUUCGGUGGGACGUCAGGACGGGGGAAUCGGCGGCCGAGCCGAAGAAAACAGUCAGCACCGAAGGCGAGGGCAAGGAAUUUGCGUUUCUCGCCCUGCCGUCUCUCACGGAGCUGAACCCCAUGAGCAGCCCCCAAGACAUCCAGGAAUGCCAGCGAGAUGUUGUGUACGACGAGAAGGAGCGCGGAGAGGUCUCGGCGCGAUUUGUCCUUCCGGCGUCGGUUUCGGCGGAGAAGAAAGCGGGGGAAGCAGCGCAGGCGGGGGAAGCAGCGCAGGCGGGGGCCACGUCGCUUGCGAGCCUCAUCAUUCCAAAGGACGCAGGAGCGUUCUACGACAAACUCGCCAAGCUUCAUCGUGCGGGUCAAGAAUUCUGGCGUGACGACGGGGGCCUGGACUGCCUCCUGCGUUUCCUCAUCAGCGGGAUCUACAUGGCUGACGCGCGGGUGGCACGGGACGCACUUUCUGCUUCGCCGAGAAAUCUGUUCGCGUUGCUAAGCGAAUUGUUCCUUCUCGGGAAAUCUCCGCUGGACGCCGUGGACCUGCUGUCUUUCCAGCUCGUCCACGAGUUUCUUUGGCUGGGCUUCGUGUCCUCCUCUCCGGCAGCUCCCUCCUUUUCUUCUCCGCUGCUAAGCGAGGAGGGCCGGCCGUCGCUCUUGACGCACCUGGUCGAGGUGGAGGCGCAGCGCGCGAGGUCGCGGAGCUUCUCUUGGAUGAUCGAGGACUUCCGCGAGGAGGAAGAGGAGACUCCUUUUUCGUUCUCCUCUCCGUUGUCGCCCUACGAUUGUUUCUUCUCCAAGCACAGUUUCCUCGGCUCGCCGCUUCUCCAGUCUGACGGCGGCGCGUCGCCCUCGAGCUUCAUGCGAGGCGCCGACGACGACGAGGCCGCGGAGGACGGCGGUGAGCGGCUGCUGACAGGGGGGCGGCGCGGGCAGAGGGGCUGGGCCGCGUCUCUCUUUACUUCUUUCUUUCUCGGGGAAUCCGAGGAGAAGGAAGAGAGGCGACGAGGGCGAGCUGCGCGGCUCGCGUUUCUGAAUAAGGAAGCCCACGACCGCGGGGCGGACGAGUGCCCGGGGCACCUUCUCGCUCUGCUCAAACUCGUGGCGCUCGUCUGCCGCGCCUAUCCGGCGGCGUGCACGCACUAUACCGACCUCUUGUCCUACUGUAUUGAACGCUUUUCGUUUCUCUUUGACACCCCGUUCUACGGCGACGAGGGCGUCGACGGGCCUCUGGGGGCGCCUCGCGGCCCGGUGGCGGGUCCGGGCGCGUCGUCUCUUUCUGCGCUGCUCCCGCACGAGACGGACUGCCCAAAUUUCACCUCGGCGUUCGCCCCGCUCGCGUACGACGACGCGGACGCAGUCCCCCCCGCCGCGGCCCUUCCUCUGUCUGCGCCGUUCGCCGGCUAUCCUGACAAGUAUCCGUUUUCCUCGCCUUUUGCAUCUCCCUUCGUCGCUUCCGCGGCCACGAAGCCCACCCCUGGUGCGGCGUAUUCUUCGUUUUCGCCCACCACAGGAGGCCCCGCAGACACGCUAAUCGGGCGCGAUCGAUGGGGCGCCGCGCCUUCUCGCUCCCCGGAACUCAGCGUCGUCAACGCGGCCGCCCGCGCCUUGGGAGUCAGCCUGGCACUUCAUCCCCCUCUGCUUGUCGCUCUCUUAAAUCUCUCUUCCGUCCUCGCGAGCCGCGGGGGUCCGCUGGUGGCGCAGCGCGUCGCCGCGAACUUCGGGACGCCCCUUCGGCCUUCGCUGCGGUUUUCUCGCCUCUUCCUCACGCUCUUCCAGCAGUUGGAGGCCGCGCUGCGCGGCCAGUACGCUGCGCUGCCGCAGUACUUCUUCUUGGCGAAGCACGCGGCGUUCCCGGCCUCCUCUUCGCUCGUCUCCGCGCUCGACGUGGCGCCGUCGCAGUCCAGGGGGGCUCUACCGCACCACCUCGCGCUCCUGGGCCCCCGCGGCCUUAGCUCGUUCCGCGGUUUCGAAGAGAGACAGAGGGACGACUUUGUCUUCUCGGCUGCGCGGCACGAGGGCAGCAGGGCCUCCUCUUUGGGGCGGCGCCCUAGCGACAUGGGCGGCAGGGGCGAGUUCCUCAGUGGUAUGCUGAGGGGAGACAAGCACGUCCAGCUUCUCGACAAGAGCAAAAGCUUCCCCAGAGGUCUUCUCGCGUGCCUGGAAACGUGUCUGCGUCUGGCGGGCAGUCUGUCGAACUCGUUCCUUCUCUAUCUGCUGCCGCUCCCGUUCCCCACGCUGCCCGAGCGGCUCUACCCCGUCCUUCCUGCCUCUUCGCCUCCCGCGGAGCCCCUCGAGGCGCAUCGCGACGUCGCUGCCCGCCAACCCUUCGGCUCCGCCGCGCAUGCAGGCCCGCAUGCCAACGGCGGCGCGCCGAGCUCGUUCGUCGACGACUGGGCCGCACCCCGUCGCGACGGCAGGCAUCUGUUGGAUUUCCUUUACGCGCUUCUGCACAUGAACUCGAACAACAGAAGCAUCAGUUUGGCGGGCGUCAAAGCCGCCUGCCUCGAGGCGCUGACGGGGAACCUCGUGCGGAACCCGUCGGCGUCGCUCUCCGUCCUUCUGCAGCUGAGCGUGAUGAUCGAUUCGCUCCGGCGCGACCUGAAUCUCCCCGCCGACAAGGCGCCGUCUUUCGCUGGGGACACAGCGGCCGAGAAGAAAGAGCGAGAGACCUCCUUCUUCGCGCCCUCCGCCCCGGUCGUCGCGGACGAGGGCCGGCUGCUUCUCGCCUUCACGACGUGCGUGGCGUACCACCUGCAGGUUGUCGGCCUCAGGCGCCGCUUCGACGCGAGCUUGGCGGCCUUCUGGUCCUGCCUGGACUCCAGCGGUGCUCCGGACCCGGAAGGCCUCCGCGACCGCAACGCGAGGGGCGCGUCGCCCUGCUCGGAUGCGCGGAGCCGCUCUGGGGCUGAAGGCCGCAACGAGCAGAAAGUGGAGUUCCUCUCCGUCGACGACGCCGACAAGAGGCGCUCCCCGGCCCCUGGGUACGACGCGACGGGCGGGACGGGGGCAGCGGACGACGAGGCAGGCUACCGCGGCAUGGGACCCAGACGAUGGUCGCCAGGCGAGAGCGGACGCGGCAGCGCCCUGUAUCCGCUCUACUGCGAGCCCGGCAGGACCCCGGGCUCACGUGGCGCGUCGCCGGUCGCGGCCGACGGGGCCUUUCCGCAGGAGCGCAGCCACGACGGCGCAGCGACGCGAGAUGAUCUGCCUUCGUUGGCGGGAAGAAGCGACCGCGAGGCGUCCCUCCAUGCCCUCGUUGCGUCGCACCUGACGCGGUUGACGGCGUUUCUGGUCGAGAUCUUCGUCACGGUGUUCCGCGAGCCCUUUCACCAGGCCUGGCAGGUGCUGCCGCAGACGCGCUACUGGCGCCUGGCUGUCGUUCUCCUCAGAUCCUUCCGCCUGCUCCUCCGCGGGCCGCUCCCGCGCACGGGCGCGCGCCGAGUCGACGCAGCUGUCCGCGAGCCGUUUGCCAGUUGCCGCGGCGCGAGUGCGGGGGCGACGACGUACCUCUUUCGCGCCUUUCUCUGCCUCGAGUCGGAGGCCUUCGACGCCCUGAUGAAGAUCUCUUGCUUCCCAAACGCCUCCUCACGGCUCUCGCUCUCGCUUGCCAGCUUCCUCCUCUCGUCGCAGCAGAAACGCAAAGGUGCCGCCGCCGCACGCAGCCCCUUCGCGGCUACGUUCGCCGCGUCGCCCUUCGCGUCGUCGUGGACCACGGGCGGCGCGUUUGCCUCUGGGACUGGCCUCAGCAGGCACAGACAGAGCGAGAGUGGCGCAGGCAGGAAUCUAGCUCCGGGGCUGCCUGGCAUGGUUUCCGGCGCGUGGGCUGCGCGGAGCGUGCUCGCGGAAGAAGUCGCCGUCGUCGGCCUGGACGUGUUGCGAGUCCUCUUCCAGCGCGACGUCCUCUUUCUUCAGUUCUACCGGCGGCAGGCGACGCUGCAGCUGCAGGAGGCCUGGGAGAAGAGCCGAGACCGAGCCUCGGGAGGCGGAGGCGACUUCACUGCAAGAGGCGACCCGGAGCACAGCGGUGCAGACGCGUACCUCUCCUACGGCCGCGACGGCGGCGUCGCGCCCUCUCCGUCGCCCCGCCUUGUCUAUCCUCAGGGCAGCGAGGACGGCAGGAGGAACCUCCGCGAAGCGGAGGGCCGCGGGGGGGGCGGGGCUGCGUUGCCCUCGGCGUCUCCGCACUCAAGCGGCGGCCAGCUCGACGUCGCGGCCGGCGCUGGCGAAGGAAGUCCGCGCUGGGCUCUCCAAACAGCGGAGACCGCUGCAGCGGACUGUCUGCGUCUUCGGUUUACCCACGAGCAACUGGCGCGGUCGGCUUCCUCUCUCGUUAACGAGCUGCUGUGGACUUCUGCGUGCGCGCUGGGAAUCGCGCUCUCGCCUGCGCGUCUCGGGGGUCGCGAGAAGCCCUACGCGGGCAAGAACAAGCCCCCGCCCUCCGUGCCCUCUUUUGCUUCGCUCUCUUCGUCUCUGUCAAUUCCGCCCUUCUCCUGGUUCGUUCUUGUCCACCUGGGCGGCGCCGGCGCGAGCGUCGCCGGCUCGCUCGCCUCUGGCUCUGCGUCUGGGCUCUAUCCGUUUUCGUAUCCUUCCUCUUUGCUCCGCGCCUGGAAGCUCGGGCUCUUCACGCUGCACCAGCUGAGCGUGCGCGACGUCAGCGGUCUGUCGUCGCUCUUCGCCACCUUCCCGGGGAUUCUCGAGGCCGCGCGGGAGACUGUCGCCCUCGCGCUUCUCAUGACGCCCUCGCCUUUUCUCGCCUCCAUCGCCGCGGCGGACUGCGAAGAAGACGGCAUCGUCUUCGGGCGCGGUCUCGGCGGCGACGACGAGGCGAGUGACGUGGAGGGAGGGGCGCGGUGGAGGCGGGAGGCGCAGGACGCGAGUGGGCGGCCGCGGAGGAAGUGCCGAGCCCGCCGAAGGCGAGAAUGCGGCGCGGGCCUUUUCCUCCCGCACGUGGCCGCCGACCGCGACGCGGCUUGCGCUCCCCAGCCGCCGUUAGGCUCUGAGGAAGGCGCUGUCUCUUCAGAUGAGGAGGAGACGUACCCGGCGCCAGUUCUGCCGUCGGCGGAGGCCCUCGCAGACCCGCUGUACGCCGCGUCGUCGCUGAGCAGCUUCUUCCUCGAAGUGCCCUCGACGCAGCAGAAGAAGGCGUUGCAUCGCGCGCUGACAUCGCAGAGCGCGGCCGACGACAGGGAGCGCGAACGCGAGUCGUGCUUGCUCGCCACGCUUCGUCGAUCGUCGUUUCUCCAGAGAGCGCCCGAGGACGCGCAGGGCGCCUCCGCCUUGUGCGACUCCCGGCGCGGGCGGGAGGCCGAGGGCCGUGUUUGCUCUUUGCAGUCUCCGCCGGGCGCCGGGGGGAGACGCCUGUCCGCCGGAGGGCCCGCGCCCUCGACCGGGCAGGGCUCCUUUUCCACGUUCCCCCUUCCCGCGCUGGCUGACGCGGCCUGCGCGCUCGCAUCGCCGUUGGAGCGGAGGCUGAACCUGUCCGCGUCGUCGGCGGCGGAGCAGUUGCUGCUGUCGGGAGGCGAGGAGGCGGGCGAGGAGGCGGGAGUGCUUGUGGAGAAGCGCGACGAGGGCAUGGCGCAGGCUAGGCGGCUUUUCCGCUCGGGGCUGCGGCACGCGUUCUACGCGGAGGUCCGCGAAGUCGACGAGUUCCACUGCAUGGGCAACAUCCUGCCUGCGUCCGCGGUCUCCACCGCGCUGCCCAUUCGCAGGGACUUGGAUAAAAAGUGGCAGCACGUCGAGGAUGCGAUCGUCGAGUGCACUGACCUCGCCGCAUGGCGAGCCCUCUGCGUGCAGGAGACCCUCCAGCUGCGGAGAGCCGCUGUGGCGCCUCCUCCUCUUUUUCACGCCGCUCGCUCGGCUGCGGACCCACGCGCCGACUCAGAUGACGAGGGGCCCGACGACGAGCGAGUGGGCGCAGGGCGGCUCUGGGAUGAGGAGGACUUUGUGUCGCUGUUUCCCUGUCUCGCGUCGCUCUUUGCGGGCGCGCGGCCUUUAGAGCACGCGACGAAGUGGGUCGACGCGGCGUAUCUCCGAGAAGACGGCGAAGCGCCUCCCAGCGCGUGGAUUUUGCCGCCCUACCAGCCGCCAGGGGCGCCGAUUUUCGCCUACAACGCCGUCCCCGCCAACUUCCACAGUUCAGCGUUCCACGCGAUUUCCUUCCGCCGACUUGCGCUCUUGCUUCUCCACUCUGGCGUCCAGCGCGCCUGUCUCCUCGCGUCUCCCUCGCGGUCGGCGCUCCCCUCCCGGCGCCUCGGGGGCGACCUGCUCGCCUCGUCAGGCGCUGACCCGCACGGGCGCGAAGGCGGCCACCGAACGGAGGGCGACGCAGCCCGUGGCGCCGUGCGUGUCUCCAGUUUGGGCGACUUGAGCGCCAAGGCCGGAGACCUCGGAGACCCGUCGGCUGCUGUAUCGCAGCGUCGCUUCCUGCCACUGGCGCUGGCUCUGCUGGGCUUCUCCGCGGUUUCGGACUUCGUCUCGCCCGCAGCCCCUUCCCACGACAAGUUCGUGCUGCUCCAGAGCGUGUCGCGCACCUGUCCCGCGGCGCUAGCCACGCUGGCGAACGCGGUCUCGGCCGCGCCGUCGCCGUCUUCGCUCGCGGAUGUCUCGUCGCGUGCCACCCGCAACCUAGGUCUGCUCGUCGCAGAGGAGAUGGAAGGCGCGCGGGCGAAGCGCGCCACGAUGGAGGGCCGCGUGCUGCCUGCGCCCUCGCUCCUCGCGGCUGCGAGCCCUUCGGCCUCCGUGCUGCCUGUGCUGUGGUGGCGCGGCGAGGCGGAGACGGCGUCGAGCGCGUCCGCGGGCGCAGGAUGCCCUGCCGGCGGCGCCGGGAGGGGACUCGGCGAGGUAGCCGCGGCACUGAUGGCGCUUCUUCGCGAGAGCCCGCGGUUCGAGGUCUUCGACGCAGACCUCGGCGACGCGCACCCGCAGACGCUGGAUCCCGUCACAGGUGUGUUCGCGCAGGAGAGCGAGCGCAACCGAACUUUUUUGGCGAACUACGACCAGCACUGGGAGUACCUGAAGACACUGCAGAUUCUGCACCUGUUGUGCUGCACAGAGGCCACGCAGGCUGGCGCCCUGCAGCUCCUCGCCAGCCAGUGGCCGCAGCGGUAUCGCCACCUCGAGGCGCUCUCGACCUGCAUCCGCAGCGUCUCGCGGUUUCCGCUGCUCCUGCGGCCUCUCUUUCUGCUGGAGCUUGCGUCGGUCGCCGAGAUCUGCGCAGUCGAAAUCCGCGAGAUGCUCCGCAGCGUCGCCACCGCGCGGCCCUUCUUCGCGCGUAACUUCCUCGCGUUGGCGGGCGCGAGGCCCGCGCCAGAAGGGAGCGAGAAGACCGCAGCGGGGGCGGGCGAUCCCCAGGCGAAGAGAGCAACCCCGGCGAAUGAGGACAGCAAGGAGGCCUUCCUGUCGUCGCCGCAGGACCUGAUCAACGAUCUGGUCUUUGUCGCUUACCUUCUGCUGCACCCGAAUGCCGCCGCGCCGGGCGAAGAAAGAGACGUGCUCUCGGCGUUCUCUAGACUGCUUUUUGCGUUCGAAAAGAAUGCCCAGGCGCCCUCGCUCCUCAGCUCGCUCGGCGCCACGCUGCAGGGCGCUGCCGAGGUUGCCGCGAACUCAGGCGACAGCGAGAGACAGGCCCUCGCGGGCAGCAGCGGCGGGUCGCCCAAGCCGGGGCGACUCUUUGACCGGUUCCUCGCAUUCCAGCGACGUGUGCGCGACGGGCAAGGAGAAAAGGGCGGCAGAGAACGAGAAGAAGAGGAGCGCUUCCUUUGGAUGAAACGCACCGGCGUCACGAGGGCCGUCGCACGCUUCCUCGAACUCUGCGAAUGCGGGCUGCGAGUGCAGUGCUGCUCGCCGGGAGUUGCGAGUCCCUCGGGCCCUUUGUCGGCGGCGACGCUGUUGGAUCCCAUGCUCUUCUUGAAGCUCCGAGACAGCAUUCUCGCUCCGCUGGGCUCGCGGCAGCUGCUGCGCAGAAGCGUCCGCGAAGACCCAGAGGCAUUGCUUCCGUCGGCAGUCCAGCGGAUGCGGACCUUCGCGCAGGAGGGCGCGGCUGCAGCGCCGCGCGCCUCCUCCCUCGAGGCGCAUCUGUGCGACGACCCAGCGCGGGCGUCGGCGCUGUUCCCGUCCGCGUCGCCACUGAUGCAGCUCCUCGACGCCGGCGAGCGGCGCACGCUGUGGAAGCGCCAGCCUGACCUCGUUGCGACCGUUUUGACAUCUCUUUGGAUCGACAUCUUUCACGCAAACGUUUCCAAGUUCACUGCGCUCUCGCUCCAGGCGGCUCUCGACUCGCUGCCGAGCUUGGCGCGCGCUUGCUACGCGCUGCUUUCGCCAACUUUUCUCCAGCUUUCUUCCUCUUCCUCCCCCCCGGCUCUCUCGCGCGCGCCGUCGCCGUGGACUGACUCCGCGCUGACGGCGUCUGCGCCCUACUCGCGGCUGCAUGUCGCCGAGCGGUGUCUGGAGACGCUGGAGCGACUCCUCGCCCCCCACCUGGUCACCGACUACUCGAUGCCGCAAGUGUUCGGCUUGGCGCUCUUUUUCCACGCUUCGCUGUCGAUCUGGUGCACAGACACCUUGCUGGUCAGCGAGGAGAUCCAGGAGGCCGCUGCGGCGUCCUCGCGGCGAGCAACGGCCGGGUCGACUGGUCUCGUUGCCUCCCGCGCGCAGCCUUCCCCUCAGCUCGCGGCGUCGCCGCUCUUUUCGACGGCCUUCCCCACGCAGCUCGCCACGCUGGUGGCGCGCCUCCUUCUCGCUCUUGCGGACGCCCCCGCGCACUCAAAACAGCUCGCAGCCGACCAGGACAGCAGCGCUGCCUCGCCAGUGGAAGCCUCGGCAGCGGUUGCGACGGCGUGGGCGGUUCGCGCCAUGCUGUACGAUGCGCUCUUCCUCCUCUUCCGCCUGCCGCUGUUCCUUACGCCUCUGGAGAUCGCGAGCGCUGGCGGGGCGGCCGCGGCUGCAGGGGCGACCGCCUGCUGGGCGAGGGAGAGCGUUCCCAGCGGCAGCUCGGCGAGCGUGAGCCGGAUCGCGGUCGCUCUCCUGUCUGUCCUGAACCGCGAGCCGACGUCCCGGUCGCAGCUCUUCCAGCUUUUGCUACAGGAUUCUGUUCUCGCGCUCAAGACUGGCGAGUCUCACGCGGCGCAUUCCUCGCCCUUUGAGAACGACGCGAGGCGCGGGCGUCUGUCGGCAACGAGCGAGAGCCUCUUCCUCCGCUUCCUCUCGACCCAGGGGCCUGCCGGCGUGCGCGGAAGCGCCUGGCGCUCCUUCCCGCAGGCGCCGCUGGGCCUGUCCUCGCUCCCCCCUGCGCCGCUCUGUCAGCCCUUCACCGCGGCGCUGGACAGCGAGCUACAUGAAGCCGCGCGAAAGCUUCUCCUUCCCUCGGCGCCGGCCUUGCUUACGCUUGGAGCCACGCGCGGGCUCACGGCGCUGCUGCAGGCUGCGUUGCUCAGUCAGCUGCAGGGUGUGGGCGAGACGCGCCUCUCGGCUUGGUUCCUGGGCGCCGACGCGGGCGAGGGGCGCGCGCGCGCCGCGAGAGAAGACGACGAGGAAGAGGAUGAAGAAGGAAGACAGGCCGCAGCGACGGCUCGCCGUCAGGGGGCGACGGCCAGCCACAGGCACUCGCGGGAGGCGCGGGCGCGUGAAAGUCCCUUCGAAAAGGAAGACUCGAGAGGAGGAGGCGACUGGCGCGACGGCGAGCGAGACCGCGAAGACAGACAGAUGAGAGACAGGGACGACGGAGAAGAAGCGAGGAAGAAGGCAGAGAGUCCGGGGCCGUCGUCGCGGCAUGCGCAGGGGGGCGAAGGACCCGCGAGACGAGGCAGAGAUCUCCGGUUCUCGGCAGAGGAUGACGCGACGGAGUGCGGCGCACUGCAUCGACGUAUGACCGAGGACGAUGUUUUUGAAAUCUCUGUAGCUGCAAUCCUCCUCGCACAACUCCACUGCGGCUUCGAAGAUCGCGCAGAUGCGCGCGCACAUUCGUCGCUUCUCCCCGGCGGGGGGAACGCCCUGGGACCAUGGCACGGAGGGGCGGGCAGAGAGCGCCGCGAACUCGCGCUUGCUGCGAUUCGCCUAUUUCACACGGCUUGCCAGCGUCUGUUGGCGUCACUCUUCCUUCCGCAUCCGCGCCGCGCCGACGAUGCGGCGCGCGGGGCGCUGUCUUUCCGCCUCGUGGAUGUUUUCCUCUCGUCUCCGCUACUUCGUGCCUCGCUGCACACGACGCAUGUGGGAAGUUUCCUCGCGUCGGUAGCCUCUGCCGCCGCAGAGCGAAGCGACGAGAGGAGCUUCCUGUCGGUCUUCUCGAGCGUCUCCAACAGACUCGUCAAAGUCGUCCCCAUCGACCUUUAUCUCGCCUUCGUCUCUGUGCUACAGACGCUGUUUUGCCUCGACCCUCUGCCGGGGUGCCUAGCGGAUCGCACGGUGGACUGGGUGAAUCGGGAGGCGCCGGUCCUCCUCUUUCCGCUUCGCUUCCUCUCGUGCCUUGCGACGGCGUGGACCGAGACGCAGCGGAGCGGCGCCUCGCCGCUGGCGCGUUUCUCCAGCGCGUUGAGUCGCGCGCUGCCUUCCUUACCAGGGCGGAAGAGACGCGCGUCGACCGCGGUCGCGGACGGCGGCUGGCGCGCGGCCUCUGCCGCCGUGGCGGCGGCGGGCGCGCCUCGGAGCGAAGUGGAGGCGCUCGUGGUGGCGCUGGAGCGCUACUCUUGCGUCGCGUCGCGGGAGUUUUCGGUGGUCGCUGGCGGCGAGCGUCUGAGGGAGACGGGUGCUGCAGAUUGCGAAGAGACGGUGGAUCGCGUCUACCUCGCUGCGUGCGCCGCGCUGCGUCUGUAUCGCCAGCUGCUCAAGGUAGAGCGCGACCGCCGUGACGCGGACGCGCGGGCUGCGCUGACGCACCAGAUGAUUCGCACGGACUUUGCCUUCGCCGCAGAAUUGGAGUCGCUGCUUGGCACCCUGCUCGGCUUCCUCCUCGUCGACCCCGUCGCGCUGAACGAGCGUAGCGCCGCCGAGGAGGGCGAGGAAGUCUACCGGCGCCGCCGGCGCAGGGAGAAAACAGCAGCCGCCUCGGGCCUAGGUGGCCUCGGAGCGCGCUUCGGGCAGGGCGCAGACGCCCUUGAAGACGAGGAGACGAGCGACGAGGAGGAGGCCACUGCGUUCGCCCCUUCGUCAGGAAGCUCGCAGAGCGCGGGACAAGCGCCGCUUCUGCAGCGCCGCGCCGGCGACGAGGAUACCUUCGGGCCUCGAUGCGACAGACAUGAAGCUGGACUCGCUCUUGGCGCAGCGCAGCCUGCGGACAUCGUCCUUCGUGCUUCGCGUGGAAGGCGAGUCGAUCCGGCGCUUCGUCUUCUCCUCGUCCUCCAGCCAGGAAACGACGCAGUCAAAUGGGAUGCUGUUCUGCUUGUGCUUCAAGUCCUCGGCUUCUCUCUCGGCUGCUACAACCGGAACUUCGCCAGCCUGACGCUCGGCGCAGCGGUCGACGAAGAGGCGCGGAGUGUUGCAUCGAAGCACAUUGGCACCGUCUGCGAAGCGACGCUCUCGCUCUCUCUCCUGGCCAUCCAGGCGCUGCUCACUGAGAAGGCAGACAGGCACUUCUGUUCGGUGCAGGCGUUCUCGCUCUUCCUGUCGUCGCUGGAGGCGGCGAUUCACCUGCUUCACGGCAUGCUGCUGCUCUCGCUGCGCCGGUCGCCUCGUUUCGCGCCAGAGGCGACCCCGGCGGCCGCGCGCUGGUCGGGCGCCCAGGCGUUUAACCCCUCGCGGACGCAGGAGCUGCUGGCGCUGCAUCCGCAGUUCUUGGACCUGCUUCCGCUUCUCGACGAGCUGCGCUACGCGUGCGCCGCCAGCCGCGCGCCCCUCGGGUUCACCCGCGGCAGCGGCGCCAGGUCGUGCGAGGGAAGCGCCCAGAGGCUCGGGGACUGCGGCAGAGCCAAAGGCGCGCGCGCUGGCGCCGUGGACGAUGACUCCCAAGCGGCGCUCGACGCCAUCGCCUUCUUCGCCGACAGACUGCAGACGCUCAUCCAUUUUUUCCUAAAGAACUGA